UAUUUGUGUUCCAGGCCGGAUUGGGCGAUAGUUUUGCUACGAUUUGGAACAAUGCAAAUGAUCGACUGCGACAGUUUGGAUUGAACUCGUUCGAGGUGGCUGGCUAUCGUGUUGAUCCGUUGCAUUUGGUGAUAGCCGUCCUUGGAUUCGUACUUUCCGGCCCAAUGAUGUUGGCUAUCGUCAUAGCAGCUAUCGUCAUAUCUCAGUCUUCAAGUGAUAAUGCGGCUCCAGCGCCUGCGCAUGCAGCUCCUGGCCGAAGUGCUGAUGUGAGUCCUGGAAGCAGUUCAUACUUUGCACAGGGUGACAGACCACAGUCGAGCAGCAAACCAAAAAGCUCUGGAGUGUUCACGGGUAGUGGGCAACGUUUGGGUGGUUAA